AGGCCGCUUCCGGGCGUGAGUCCCGGCCCACCUCGGUGCCUCGGGGGAUGCGGGAGCGCGGCCGCGGGGCCAGUGCGCGGAACGUGCGUGCCUUGAGCAACGCGGCUGACUGCCGUGGAUGUUGUCUUGGUACGGACCCGGCGCUGUUCGUUAGCUCGCUUUCCACUCGCACUGCCUGAGGACCCACCAUGAGGCGCCUGGGCUCGGUGCAGCGGAAAAUGCCGUGUGUGUUCGUGACGGAGGUGAAAGAGGAGCCUUCCACCAAAAGGGAGCAUCAGCCAUUUAAAGUUUUGGCAACUGAAACUAUAAGUCACAAGGCAUUAGAUGCAGAUAUACACAGCGCAAUUCCAACAGAAAAAGUGGAUGGGACAUGUUGUUAUGUUACUACCUACAAAGGUCAGCCAUACCUUUGGGCUCGGCUAGAUAGAAAACCUAACAAACUAGCUGAGAAAAGGUUUAAAAAUUUUCUACAUUCAAAACAAAACUCGAAAGAAUUUUUUUGGAAUGUUGAGGAGGACUUCAAACCUGUUCCAGAGUGCUGGAUACCAGCGAAGGAAAUAGAACAAUUAAAUGGGAAUCCAAUGCCUGAUGAAAAUGGACACAUUCCUGGUUGGGUACCAGUGGAGAAAAACAACAAACAGUAUUGCUGGCAUUCCUCUGUAGUAAAUUAUGAAUUUGCAGUUGCCCUGGUACUGAGGCAUCAUUCUGAUGAUCCUGGUCUUUUGGAAAUUAGUGCAGUGCCGCUCUCAGAUCUCUUAGAACAAACCCUGGAGCUUAUAGGAACCAAUAUUAAUGGAAACCCAUAUGGGUUAGGAAGCAAGAAACAUCCAUUACAUCUUCUUAUACCACAUGGAGCAUUUCAAAUAAGAAAUCUACCUACUUUGAAGCACAAUGAUCUGUUGUCCUGGUUUGAAGGUUGCAGAGAGGGUAAAAUUGAAGGAAUAGUGUGGCACUGCAGUGAUGGCUGUUUAAUCAAGCUCCAUCGCCAUCAUCUUGGUUUAUGCUGGCCAAUCCCAGAUACUUAUAUGAAUUCAAGACCAGUUAUUAUCAACAUGAAUCUGAACAAUUAUGUGUAUGCCUUUGAUGCUAAGUGUUUAUUUAAUCACUUUUCAAAAAUAGAUAAUCAGAAAUUUGGUAGGCUCAAAGAUAUAAUACUCAAUGUAUAAACUGGAAAUGCAGUUAAAAACCAGCUUUGUUAUUAUAUUUCAAUAUUGAAUACUCUGCCAUGUUUAGAAGGUAAAAAUAUCUGAGUUUCUAUUUAUUGUUCAGUGUCUAAUAUAGCAACAUGUCUUCUAGCAUUUGAAGAAAUGAAUUUCCCACCUGCAAAUAUCUAUUCAAAAUUUUACUGAGAAACAGCAAGUGAGUUUUAACCUCUGGAAUUUAAAAUAUAAUAAUAAGCUGCCCAGCUUGUACAAAGGUUGGAUUCAGUCCAUUAUACAUGGGUAGUAGCAUAAAAGACAAACCAACAAUUCUGCACCAUUUACUUUAAAAAUUAAAUAGUUUAAGCUGA